GUCUGCCCUUCCGCUCUCUCCCCGCCAGGUGUCGCAGCGAGUCGGCGUCGGGGACUGCCUGCCCUUCCGCUCUCUCUCCGCCAGGUGUCGCAGCGAGUCGGUGUGUCGCAGCGAGUCGGUGUCGGGGACCGUCUGCCCUCCCGCUCCCGCUCCCUCCCUGCCAGGUGUCGCCGCGUGUUGCUCCGGACCCAUGGAGAGAGCAGGCCGGCGGCUGCCCGCUCCGUCCCGCCCCCAGUCGGUGCCCGCCCCGGCCCGGGGCCACGGCGGGCACAGAGGGGAACGCUGGGCAGCGGGGAUCGGCAGGAGCUCCUUGUCUGUGUCCGACCUGGUGGCCAGGUUUCAGACUCUCCAGGAUGGGGACGGAGGCGUGGCCAGGGAGCGCCAGGAACUGAGGAGGACCCUACAGUGGGAGACGCUGCCCAACACCAACUUUGCUCUCGCCCUCCUCGAUACCUCCAAAAGGAGGAGUCAGUCCCUGGAGAGUCUGCUCACCCCCUUAUCCAUCAGCACCCCUCCCCCCAAACCCCCCAGACUCUGGACUCCUCCAGGGAAGGAUCAUCAGGCCUGGUCUGGAAGCCUCCACCCCUGGAACCACCAUCGGGACCAUCAGGAGCUCCCUGCAGCUGGCCUGGCCCACAAGAGUCCAUGGGGAGGAUCCUGCCCACCUCCUGCCCCUGGCCAUUCUCCAGGCCUGGUGAAGCACUGGCUGGGGGGAGAGCUCCUGAGGGACAGUCCAUCCAGCCAGGAUAGGCUGGUUCCCUGGAAGAGCAGCUCUGGGGGUCCAGACCAACCCCCCACCCACUCCCGGGCCCACAGCUACGAACCAAAUCGCUUCCCGUCAAGGGCUCGGUGAGUGUGGGGGUCUCCCGUGCGGGAGAGAUCCCUCCUGCUACCUAUCCCGCGCCGCG